AUGAUCUUAGAACGCAUAGUACCUCAAUCUUUCAGCGCAGCUGUGCUAUGGCUUAUCGGGGUUAUCUUGACCCGUCUUAUAUACAAUAAAUACGGACAUGGUCUGAAUCAUGUACCUGGCCCUUGGCUUGCUGGCUUUACAGAUCUAUGGAGGCUUCUCGUCGUUCGUGGUCGUCGAGCACAAGAAGUACAUAUCGAGCUACACAAGAAGUACGGGCCUGCUGUCAGAUUGGGCCCUCGAGCAGUAUCUAUUGCAGAUACAGACGCCUUGAAGGUCAUUUACAGUCCGAGUGCAGGAUGGUCGAAGUCGAAGUUCUACCCGGUGCAGCAAGCUCUGGCUAAAGGAAAGAGACUCGAAACCAUGUUCAACACAGACAACGACAGAUAUCACGCCAGACUUCGAAGAUCAGUGUCUAAUGCCUAUGCAAUGAGCACCCUUGUCACAUUCGAACCCUUUGUCGAUUCAACAUCAGCCGAGUUCAUCAGACAGCUCAAGCUUCGUUUUUCCGACCAGACCGGCAAUGCAGGCAUUUGUGACUUUGGCGCGUGGCUCCAGUUCUACGCUUUUGAUGUGAUUGGAGAAUUGACGUUUUCCAAGCGACUGGGGUUUGUCGAGAAAGGUAUCGAUAUUGACAACAUUAUCCGGGAUCUAGAGGGUUUCUUAAAUUACGUGUCAUGGAUUGGCCAGAUCCCGUUCCUAGAUAACCUGUUCAUAAAGAACCCCAUCAAAAUUUGGCUAGUCAAAUAUGGGUUCCUUAACUCGAGUGCGCCAGUUGCCGAAUUUGCGAGAAAGCAUCUUGUCGAACGCCAGCAUGAGGAAGCAUCGGAUAUGCCAAAAGCUCUGAGGAGGGACUUCCUGAAUCGUUUCAAAGAGGCGCAUAACAAAGACCCCGACUUUAUCACUGAGCAACUUGUCCUGGCCCUGACAGUAGCUAAUAUGUUUGCGGGAUCUGACACAACCGGGAUUACACUGCGAGCUGUCUUCUACUACCUGCUGAAGGACCCUCCAAAGAUGGAAAGUCUUCUCAAAGAGCUCGCAGCCGAGAGCAAGGCCGGCCGGUUCUCGAGAGAUGACGGGCUUGUGCAAUGGGAGGAAGUAAGGGAUCUACCCUACCUGAGCGCUGUAAUCAACGAGGCCCUUCGCUGUCACCCUGCAGUUGGGCUGACUCUCGAGAGAAUAGUGCCUUCAGGUGGAGUUACACUUGGUGGACACUUUAUUCCUGGUGGAAGUAUCGCUGGUUGUUCCCCAUGGGUUAUCCAUCAAGACACCGAGGUUUAUGGUGCCGAUGCCGCAGAGUUUCGCCCUGAACGCUGGAUCGAAGCAACACCGGAACAGCGAAAGAAGAUGAAUAGUUGUCUCUUAUCUUUUGGCGCUGGGGCUAGGACGUGUGUCGGCAAGAACAUAUCCUUAUUAGAGCUCUACAAACUUGUCCCAACUAUUCUACGGAUCUUUGAGCUUGAGCUGGUUAAUCCAGACACUCCAUGGAAGCUCCACAAUGCGUGGUUUGUACGGCAAAUGGGCUUUAAUGUGAGACUGAAAGAAAGAAAGACGAUUCUUUAAAUCUUUAAUUUCAGGGCCUGAAACCUCCAGAUAAACUGGGUGAGUGAAGAGGGAAUACAGGGAAGGUCUGGUAUUACCAGAUGUAUGUUAAGAAUUAGGUAAACCAUAAGUACGCUUA